GAGCAAAUGAGCAUUGCAUAGCCUACAGACAGAGCGGCGCACUUUUACAGUGGACUUACGUCACUAAAAGCAGCUACGUAACCUAGAAAUUUAUAGUUUAGGGGGCUGGUCUUAAAAAUUUUGUAACUGGGCUAUAUAAGCUGCUACGACUUGUGUCUGUUAUGUAUUUGCAACAGUUAAAGACAACGCGUUAACUCGUCUUUAUAUUGAAAAUAAGUUAAUGUAUUUUAUUCGAUUAUAGCGCUCUUUUAUUGUUUAGACAUCAUUAGCUUUAUUCAGCUGUAAACGUAUGUGACGAUGGGAGUCGGAGCUGAUAAUAAAGCCGAGGGCACAUCUAACGAUAGUAAGUUUGCAUUGCAGCAGCUUGAGGAAAAAGAGGAGGUAGAGCUCAGCAAUGCUGAAGCCAUGAGGCUGACAAAGGAUGAUCAGCAGUCCGAGGAGACGAGAGAAACCUGGGGUCGGCGUCUGGAGUUCGUGCUCGCCUCCGUCGGUUAUGCCGUGGGUUUGGGAAACGUGUGGCGCUUCCCGUACCUGUGCUACAGGAGUGGAGGAGGUGCUUUCUUGAUUCCCUACUUGCUCAUGUUGUUUCUCUGUGGUAUCCCACUGCUGCUCAUGGAGUUCACUGUUGGGCAGUACACCCGUCUGGGGCCGGUCCACUCUCUGGCUAAAAUAUGUCCCCUCUUCAAAGGUGUGGGGCUUGCCACAGUGGUGAUUUCUUACGUGCUCUGCACAUACUACAAUGUGCUCAUGACCUGGGCUCUCUACUACCUGCUUCACUCUUUCAGCUCCUCAUUGCCGUGGCAGUCCUGCAACAACACAUGGAAUGCAGUCGGCAACUGUUCCACUGGUUUUCCUGGCAAUGCCACACAUCUGAAAUCAGCCAGUCAGCAGUUCUUUGAUCAUAAGGUUUUAGAAAUGACCACAGGGAUUGAGAGCGCUGGAGGGAUUCGUUGGGAACUCUUUGGCCUUCUAGUCCUGGCCUGGACCGUUGUCUAUUUCUGUAUCUUUAAAGGAGUCAAAUCCACUGGAAAGGUUGUGUAUUUUACUGCCACAUUCCCUUAUUUCAUACUGUUUGCAUUGCUGAUCAAUAAUGUCCAGUUGCCUGGAGCAAAAGAUGGCAUUCUCUUCUUUCUCAUGCCAAACUGGAGUAAACUCUUGGAAGUCCAGGUGUGGGUCAAUGCUGCUGCCCAGAUCUUUAACUCCAUCGGCAUCUCCUUCGGUUCUAUGAUAUCUAUGGCCAGUUACAACAAGUUCAACAACAACAUCCUCAGGGACACCUAUAUCGUCUGUCUGGCUAAUUCAGCCACUAGUAUUGUGGCCGGGUUUGUUAUUUUCUCUGCCAUUGGGUACAUGGCCCACAUUCACAACCUACCUGUAGAUGACAUUGCCACUGAUGGGCCGGGUCUGGUGUUCGUGGUGUAUCCUGAAGUGUUUUCCACUAUGCCAGUCUCUCAGCUCUGGGCUCCUCUGUUUUUCAUCAUGUUACUCUGCCUUGGAUUGGACAGUCAGUUUGCCAUGGUGGAAGUGGCUGUAACUUUCAUCGUGGACGGCUUUGGAAAGAAAGUUCUGCAAGUUUUUAAGAGGAAGGAGCUGAUUGUUCUGGCGGUGUGCAGUGUUGGAUUUCUGCUGGGGAUCCCUCACAUUACCAGGGGUGGGAUAUAUGUGUUUCAGCUGAUGGAUCACUACACAGCGGUGGUGUCUCUUAUGUUUCUGGCCUUCUUCGAGGUGCUCGCCAUCACCCUCAUAUUUGGAGUGAGACGGCUCAGUGUAAUGCUGGAGCAAAUGCUGGGGAAGAAACCCAACCUCUUCUUCCGUGUCUGCUGGCAGUUCCUAUCACCCAUGCUCGUGCUGGGUAUUCUGAUCUCCAGUAUUGUUCAGUAUACUCCAGCUCGAUACGGGAAGUCCUACACGUACCCGCUGUGGGCGGAGGUGGUGGGCUGGUUCAUCUCUCUGUUCUCCAUCAUCUGGAUUCCACUGGGGGCUCUACAUGAGCUUUGGACCACUGAAGGGUCUCUGCUGCAGAGGUUGAAAAAGUCCAUAACCCCAACCGUUGAUCUGGAGUCUGUUUCAGAGAAACCAUCCGGCGAGUCUGUUGCGCUUUUUGCUGCUGCUCAGACUCCUGCGUGAGGGUUCUUGGUGUGUUUACUCAUUAGAAGUACAAAGUAGCUUUGCUUAAUCUGUAGAAAGUAGCAUUUUAUGUUUUUAUUAGUAUUUAUAUUCCGUUGUUUUGUAAUUUGAGAUUAACGCCGAAAAGUACAAUCUUAAAAAAUGUCCCAGAAUAUGGCAUUAAUGCAGAUUUUUUUUUGCUUGUUUUUCUCAUUGAAUUACUUUUUUACAUUGUAUUUUUUUGAUUAUGUGACCAAAAAACUAAACUUAAUGUCAGAAAUUAGAGAUUUUUGUUUAUAAUUUUCUUUAAGGAAUGAAAUGUAAAAUAUAUGAUAAUCUAAUAUGAGAAAAUUGGUUUUCCCCAUUAUUUAAACUUGAACUUUGAUGGAAUAUAUCUUUUGAUAUGGACUGAUGAGACAUUUAAAUACUUAGAAUGUUUGAAACAAACUUGAUAAAAAAAUACUUGAUAAUAAUUCAUUUCAGAAUUCAUAAACUGAUUUCAUGAAACUCUUCCACAAAGUUUCGAGAUGCAGCUCAUGCAUGUUUUGCCCUCUACUUUGUAAACUGGAACUGUGGCACAUAUUGUAAAAAACUUUACCCAAGUGUAUGGGAAAGGCUAAAGGUUGUAAGUAAAAAUGUGUCCUUAUUAGUAAGCACUCUCUGACAUCACAUGUAAGGCCUAUUCAUUGACAGAGAUUGUACUAUAAUUAAUGUUUACUAUUUUCUUAUUUUAUUCUUUUAGUGUUUACUAUUUUACUUUAAAUUUAGAGUAAAAAUAAGAAUUAUUUCUUUUUAAUUGUCCUUAUCAAAAUGCAUAUUAAGAAAUAAAAUAGUUUACUAUGCACACUAUUGCAACCGAUAAAUCAUAAAUGGUAGUAUCCACUGAAGGACUGAUUAAAUAGUAUAAAUAUUUUUAUUAUUACUGUUAUUUUUAAAAUAUGCAUAGCAUUGUCAUAUAGUAUGUCAUUUUUUUUUUGGGUUAUCUCAGAAUAAAUACUUUUUUUAUAUAUACUACUGAAGGAUAAUCAUACAAAAAGUUGUUUGUCAUUAUAGACUGUCUAUGGAGAUUAAACGUUUUUAUACUUAAAAUGAAUUUUUUUGUAAUGACCGACAGUUUUAAGUGCAAGUGUCUCGCCAAAAUAAAAGACUGUCAAUUUCACUUUA